AAAUUUCUGAUGAGACUGUCAAUUUAAAGUAAUCAGAAAACUCCACCAAAGCUCCGUCCCUAAUUGUGUUAAACUGAGUAAGCCCCAUGUCUGGUAGACGAUGCUCGGGAUCCAACCGCCGACAUUCCGACAUGACAUAAUCAGCCCACCAAGACGUCGCGCGUCAUUAUUAUGUAAACAUUCCGUGAUUCUUCAGCUUCGGCCUCAACUAAGGCCGAGCAUUAGUCAACUCGGCCUUUCAUGAACUGCUGCUUCCAUGAAAUCAUGAUGGUUCAUGGAGAGAUAAAUAGGUUCGAGAAGACGGGCGAGGAAUAUGAGAAAACCAUUAGCGAAAUCAUCACUGGCAGCUUCUCAUUGAUCUGACUAUCUAUUCUCAACGUUUCCAACAUCACUUGAACUAAAUCGCUACAAGAUGUCGAAGCUCAUUACCGUUUUUGGCGCCACCGGCAACCAAGGAGGCUCCGUUAUUCGAGCCAUCCAGGCCGAUUCCGCGCUCUCGAAGGAAUUCAAGAUCCGGGGAAUUACUCGUGACCCUAGCAAGCCUGCAGCCAAAGACCUCGCCGCCAAGGGCGUCGAAGUGGUCUCGGCCGACAUGUCUUCCGCGUCGUCUCUCGCCGCCGCCAUCGAGGGCUCUCAUACGGUCUUCCUCGUCACCAACUUCUGGGAAUCCCUUUCACGGGAUGUCGAGGUCUCGCAGGGCAAAGCCGUCGCCGACGCCAGCAAAGCCGCCGGAGUGCAGCACCUCAUCUUCUCUUCUCUUCGUAACGUCACCGAGAUGAGCAAGGGCCGCCUGACGCAGCUCGCUCAUUUCGACGGCAAGGCCGAAAUCGAAGGUUACAUCCGUGCCAGUGGCGUGCCGGGCUCCUUUGUGCUGGCGGGUUUCUUCAUCUCGAACACGUUCGAAAUGCUCAACAAGCAAGGCGACACGUACACUCUGGCGUGGCCGGUUGAUCCCCACAAGGCACAAAUCCCGGUGUUUGACGUCGGGGAUGAUACUGGCAAAUUUGUCGUUGCGGCGAUUAAGCGCGGGCCAUCUGCCGAGCGCAUCCUAGCUGCUACCGAGUACUACACACCUGCGCGCCUCAUUGCUGAGUUCUCCGAAGUCACUGGACACAAGGCGCAGGCGGUGCAAAUCCCCAGUGACGUGUUCAAGAGCUUCCUGCCUCCCCCGGUGGCCGAAGAGUUGAACGAGAAUAUUCUCUUGCUGGAAGACCCGGGAUACUACGGAGGUGAGAGCUUGGAUGCAUCUCAUGCACUGUUGGACCAGAAGCCAACGGGUUGGAAGGAAUUUGUGCAGCGUAACAAGAGCAAGUGGCCUUGA